AUGUCAUCCAAAGGCAAAAAACGUAAACUUAAAACUAACGAAUCAUUACCGAUUUCAAAAAAAUAUUUACAUAUUGAUGAUGAUGCUAUUAUUGAAGCUGCUACAAUAACAGCUGCACCAACUGCUAAACAACUUGAUCCAAAAGUACGACAGCGACAAUUUAUGGCUUAUAAAAGUUUUCUUAAUCGAGGUGGACCAGAUGCACCUGGUUCUAAAGAUAUUCCUCAAGGUGCUGAAGAUUGUCUUAAAUCAUUAACUUUUGUUAUUACUGGUGUUUUACCAUCAUUAGAACGAGAUGAAUGUAAAAGAAUUAUUCAAAGUUAUGGUGGUCGAGUUACAACUGCUGUUAGUGGUAAAACUGAUUAUCUUGUAGCUGGACGUGAUGAAGGAAAAACAAAAAUUGAAAAAGCUAAAAAACUUCGUAUUAAAAUUAUUUCCGAAGAUGAUUUACUUCAAAUGAUUCGAACACGACCAGGAAGUACGAAAGUCGAUAUUAAAUCAACUUCAAUUAAAUCACCAAAACCUACUGUUUUAAAACCUAUCGAUAGUACUUCAUUUGUACCAAUUUCAUUAACAAAAUUAAAAUUUUAUAGACAAGAUGAUGAUAUGUUAUGGGUAGAUAAAUAUAAACCAACAUCAUUAAGUCAAAUUGUUGGACAACAAACUGAUAAAUCACCAAUGAAAAAACUCAUUUAUUUUCUUACAAAUUGGCAUACAUGGCAUGCAAAACCAUUAACUAAUAAAAGAAAAAAAACAGAAACAAUAUCUACAAAUACUACAUCAAGUGAUCCAUCUAAAUUUAAAGCUGUUUUACUUACUGGUCCACCAGGAGUAGGUAAAACAACAACAGCACACCUUGUUUGUAAAGCAUUAAAUUUACCAUAUAUUGAACAAAAUGCAUCAGAUAAUCGAUCACAAACAAUGAUGAGCAAAAUCGAACUCAAUUCAGCUUAUCUUACUGAUGAUAAUCAAGCAAUGAAUAAACAUGUAUUGAUAAUGGAUGAAGUUGAUGGUGUAACAGGAAAUGAAGAUCGAGGUGGUAUACAAGCAUUAAUUAAACUUCUUCGAACAACACAUAUUCCAAUAAUAUUUAUUGCUAAUGAUCGACAAACAAUUAAAAUGCGUACAUUAGCAUUAUAUUGUUAUGAAAUAAAAUUUGACCGACCAUCAUUUUUAAAUGUUAAAUCAUUUAUACUUGAUAUAUGUUCACGUGAACAUAUUCAUAUAACACAUUUAUUACUUGAUAAUUUAAUUAAUUUGUGUAAUCGAGAUAUAAGAAAAAUUAUUCAUACACUUAAUUUAUAUUAUAAACAAUCAUCAUUAUUAAUAUCAAAUAUAACAAAUUUUGAAAAAGCAUUAUCAACAAGUCCAUUUGAUGCUUGUAUGAAAAUGUUUUCUUUAUCGAAUAUUAAUUUAAUUGAUAAAACAAAUCUUUAUUUUCAUGAUUCUUCAUUACUACCAUUAUUAAUACAAGAUAAUUAUAUUCGUGUUGUUCCAUCAAUAACUAUCGAACGAAAACCAAUUAGUAUACGACAACGUAUGGAAUUAAUUUCAAAAGCAGCUGAUAGUUUGGCUAUUGGUGAUAUUUGUUCAAAAUUUAAUUUUAUUAAUGCAAAUCGAUCAUUAAUGGGCUAUCAAGCAAUGUUUUCUGGUGUAAUACCUACAACAUAUCUUCAUGGUUCACUUAAUGUUGUUCAAUUUCCCACUUGGUUUGGUCGUAUGCAACAACAAAAAAGUACUGAUCGUCAUUUAAUUGAACUUGAAACACAUUGUUCUUUAAAAACAAUGACAAUAGAUCGAAAAGAAUUUAAUCUUGAUUAUCUUCCUAUAUUUAAUUAUUUAUUUAAUUAUUUUUUACAAAAACAUAAUAUGAAAGAUUGUCUUGAACUUAUGAAUAAUUAUUAUUUUAAUUCUGAUGAUUUACAAAUGAUUUUAUCAAUGAAUUCUUAUCGAAAAAUGAAUUUAAAUAAAAUUGAACUUGAUAGUAAAACAAAAACAUUAUUAACAAAAUCAUUAGAAAAACAACAUCAUCGUACACCUUUUAAACAAAUUGAUAUUAAUAAAAUAAAGCCUGGGAUGACGGGUGCACGAGAAGAUGAUGAUGAUUAUCAAAUGGCAAUAUCCGAUGAUGAUGAUAAUGAUAAUAAAGAAAAUAUGAUUAUUGAUAAUGAUAUAAUUAAACCAAUCAAAAAAAAUUCAAAACGACGAAAAAGAAAAUAA